AUGGCGAAAGCGGGUCUACGGCGACUGAAGCUGGAUGCAGACGCAAUGCCACGGAUUGUCUUGGAGGAGAGCAUGCAGGCUCACCUUGUCCUUCUCCGGGCCUUUCAGGAGCUGCGAUCGCGCGUAACGAAAGGCACAGACGACACACUGCCGCAAUAUACGCCAGAAGCCGUACCUCCAUCUGCCAACGUGAAAGACGAUAGUAUACAAUUUGUUCUUUUCCUGCACAGAGCUCUAUUCCGUUUCGAGCGAUAUGUUUCGGCGCCGCUACGUUUUUCCCAAUUGGCUAAAGCAAAUGGCCCUGAUACCGGUUUGUUACCUCCGCAUAUGCUGCCCCCGCUGGACGUGGCUUUCCUUUGGCAUUCGUACAAGCUCCAUCCUCAGCGCUUCUACGAAGAUACCUUCCGUGACUCGAACUCGAAACGUGCUGGCCAUUACCCCAUUUCCGCUCCAUGCAUUGAAGCGCCUGAUGCGGCUGCAUUCUGGGAAGCUACUACAAUGCUUCCUUUUGACCCCCUUUGCAUAGAGCGUCACGAGACUAACGCCCUGGAUAUGGCAUGUCCCUUUUGCCAUGUGCCCCACUCGGUACCAUGGACGUCGAUCGUGUCACCAUCGUGGACGACCAAGUGCUCGUCAUGCAUGAAAACAUGGGGUGUCUCAGAACUGCUUGGUUUCCGACUGGUCAGCGAUCUCGAGAAAUGGGCGGAUGGUGGAGACGAUCGUACUGGAUUCCGACUGCGCGGCGGUGUCUUAUCAGCCAAGGAUUCCCGCUAUUUCUUACAUGACCCUUUUGAGCCUGUCCUUCGGCGUGUCCUUCUUCAUCGGAGGACAUCCCAGGCAGAUAUGGAAAGCAUGAAGCAAGGUACAUUGGUCUCCUCAGACAAGUACGGACAGAUUACCAUGGGCGUCAUGGCACCACAAGACAUGGGCCACAUGUUUGGCUAG